CUGCAGCAUCUCUUCUCCUUCACCCUUUCUCUCUCUCCAUUAAGUUUCUACAUCCCUUGUGCUAUAUAAAGAGUGAAGAACUGCUUCUUUCUUUGUUGAUAAUCUCCAAAAAAUGGGUCGAUCACCCUGCUGCGACAAAGUUGGGUUGAAGAAAGGUCCAUGGACACCAGAAGAAGAUCAGAAACUAUUGGCCUACAUUGAAGAACAUGGCCAUGGAAGCUGGCGUGCCUUGCCGUUAAAAGCAGGUCUUCAAAGAUGUGGAAAGAGCUGCAGGCUUAGAUGGACCAACUACCUCAGGCCUGAUAUUAAGAGAGGAAAAUUCAGUCAGCAAGAAGAGCAAACCAUCAUCCAACUCCAUGCCCUUCUAGGGAACAGGUAUAAUACAAUUAACUCAUCAUUAAAAGAUUCUGAUGAAUUCAUGAGUUCAAAUUUUCUUGACCGAUGAAAAAAAUUCAAAGCUCUGUUUCUUGUUCUGGGUGGCAUGUGUUUCUUUGGUGUAAUGGCGGCAUGCAAUUACUCCAAACAGCUCUGACCUAUUAUACUUACACUGGUUGUCAUUUUGGCCUGUAUAUUGAAAUAUGGUCUCUGCCCUAGUGCAAUAAUUUUUUGUUUCCUGACAAUACUUAUUCGGUAUCUUUAAUGCAGAAGGAUAGAUAUCUUGAAAAAUAUUGCUCAUCCACUUGACCAAGAAAAUGGUUUUCUUUUCUUUUUUCUUUUCUUGUCCAUUUCAAUCCACUAAGAUUGCUACUGCUUUCUUAUCUUCAGACAGCUAAAAAAAACAUCACAAAAAUGCUGAUAGUAUCUAACUUUCCUAUGGUUAAUUUGUUUAUGUUCUUAAGUGUCUGUGUCUGGUAUGUGUUUUUUGGUUUUUGGUCUGGUUUUUCAGGUGGUCGGCUAUAGCUACUCACUUACCCAAAAGAACAGAUAAUGAGAUCAAGAAUUACUGGAAUACUCAUCUUAAGAAAAGGUUAGCUAAAAUGGGGAUAGAUCCAAUCACCCACAAGCCUAAAAGUGACGCUUUGAUCUCUAUCAACGGUCAGUCCAAGAGCGCAGCCAAUCUCAAUCACAUGGCUCAGUGGGAGAGUGCCCGGCUCGAAGCGGAAGCUAGGUUGGUCCGAGAAUCGAAGCUCCGUUCAAGCUCAUUUCAACAAGACCCAGCUGGGUUUUGUCCUUCAGGUUUGGCUUCCGGUUCGGCUCCAGGCGUCAGUAAAACUGCUGCUUGGAUUAUUGGCGGUUGGACAAAAUCCAACGAAGGCCACAGUGCGGGCAUUUUGAAUGCAGGAUAUAAUGGCGAUCUUGAAUCCCCAACGUCAACACUCACUUUUUCUGAGAAUGUACCGCCAGUAAUGUGUAGUACAGGGCUCGGACUCAGCUCGAUGCCUAUCAUGGAGUUCGCUGGGAGUACUUUAGGUUCAUCGGAGACUGGAGUGGUCAAAGAAGAACGCAAUUCGACCCAUCUGCCGAGCUACAAAGAGGCUGUAGAGAACUCUUUGUCUUUAACGACCAAUCUUCAUCGAGGCAUGUCCUUGUCCAUGGAAACUGCUUGGACUUCGGAGUCUUUAAGAGCGAGAAAUGCUGAUGUUAAUAAUGCUAUCGGUAAUGUGAUAGAGGAAGGCUUCACUAAUCUUCUCCUCAGUGAAUCCUUGGACCGAAGUAAUUUGCUCGACAGCGGCGAGGAAUCUAAAAACAGCGGUGGCGGCAGCCUCAGUGGCAACAGUGAUGGAGGUAACCGCGACAGUGGCAGUGACUAUUUCCAAGAUAACAAGAAUUAUUGGAAUAAUAUUUUGAAUUUGGUGAACUCUUCCCCUUCCGAUUCACCAAUGUUCUAUGAAUAAGAGCCUUUUCAUUAUUAGAAGAGAUCCUUCACAAAGUCACUCAUAUGCUCCGAACAAAUUACAACUUUUUGCUAUUUUUGUAAAAUACAAAACGUUCAUGUAUAGCUUAAUAAAUUAUUAUAAGUUAAAUCAAUAAUUUAUGGUUUA